CGUGGCGGUGGCGGAGCCGCGAGGCGAGGGCAGGAGCGGCGCGGCAUCCGCAUCCGCAUCCGCCGAGUGUGAUGAAGCUGCCCUGCUGCGCCGCGCCGCGCGCCGCCAGCUGACACCGCCUGCGCUCAGCCCGCCCGGGAGGGGCGACGCCGCGGGCCGUGACCUUGGCCGAGGAGGGCAGACUGGUAAUUCUUUAUCAGAGAGCUGACCAAGUUUUGGGUGACAUGGCCCAGGGGAAUAAUUAUGGGCAGACCAGCAAUGGGGUGGCAGAUGAAUCACCCAACAUGCUGGUGUACAGAAAGAUGGAAGAUGUCAUAGCACGCAUGCAAGAUGAAAAAAAUGGAAUUCCUAUCCGUACUGUCAAAAGCUUUCUUUCCAAGAUACCUAGUGUCUUCUCUGGGUCAGACAUUGUUCAGUGGUUAAUAAAGAACUUAACUAUAGAAGAUCCAGUGGAGGCACUACAUUUGGGAACAUUAAUGGCUGCCCAUGGCUACUUCUUUCCGAUCUCGGAUCACGUUCUCACGCUCAAGGAUGAUGGGACUUUUUACCGAUUUCAAACACCUUAUUUUUGGCCAUCAAAUUGCUGGGAGCCAGAAAACACAGACUAUGCGGUUUACCUCUGCAAGAGAACAAUGCAAAACAAAGCAAGACUAGAGCUGGCAGAUUAUGAAGCUGAGAGCCUGGCCAGGCUGCAGAGAGCUUUUGCCCGGAAGUGGGAGUUCAUUUUUAUGCAAGCGGAAGCUCAAGCAAAAGUGGACAAGAAGAGAGACAAAAUUGAAAGGAAAAUCCUUGAUAGCCAAGAGAGAGCAUUCUGGGAUGUACACAGACCUGUGCCCGGGUGUGUAAAUACUACGGAAGUGGACAUUAAGAAGUCGUCCAGAAUGAGAAACCCACACAAAACCCGGAAGGUAAAGAUGAAGACCGCAGUGCCGAUCUGGAUGUCUGUCUAUGGUUUACAAAAUGAUAUUAGAAGUCACAGUCCUACCCACACACCCACUCCAGAAAUGAAACCUCCUACAGAAGAUGAGCUACACCAACAGAUAAAAUAUUGGCAAAUACAGUUAGAUAGACAUCGGUUAAAAAUGUCAAAAGUUGCUGAUAGUCUACUAAGUUAUACGGAACAGUAUGUAGAAUAUGACCCAUUUCUUGUGCCACCUGAUCCUUCCAACCCAUGGCUGUCUGAUGAUACUACUUUCUGGGAACUUGAAGCAAGCAAAGAACCAAGCCAGCAGAGCGUAAAACGAUGGGGUUUUGGCAUGGACGAAGCCUUGAAAGACCCAGUUGGGAGAGAACAGUUCCUUAAAUUUCUAGAGUCAGAAUUCAGCUCAGAAAACUUAAGAUUCUGGCUGGCGGUGGAAGAGCUGAAGAAAAGGCCUAUUCGAGAAGUGCCCUCUCGAGUUCAGGAAAUAUGGCAAGAGUUUCUGGCUCCAGGGGCCCCCAGUGCCAUUAAUUUGGAUUCUAAGAGUUAUGACAAAACAACACAAAAUGUAAAGGAACCUGGACGAUACACGUUUGAAGAUGCUCAGGAGCAUAUUUACAAACUGAUGAAAAGUGAUUCGUAUCCACGUUUUAUAAGAUCCAGUGCCUAUCAGGAACUUCUACAGGCAAAGAAAAAGGGCAGAAACAUCCCUAUUUUCCCAUGCCAUAAAAACUGUACACCAACACUGAGGGCCAGCACUAACCUGUUAUGAAAAGAGGGGAAAUCCCUCACAUCUAAGAGGUUAACAAGCCUUGUUCAGUCUUACUAAAAGGACCACCUUGUAGCAUGGAAAGACUGGCAUCGUGGCAUAUACUCUGUAAUUCUGAUGUAACCUGGAGCAGAGGACAUUAGACCAAGACGUUGCAUGAACGGAGGACCUGACUUGUUCUUUUUUGUGUGUACAUUAAGGCAUCGCCAUCUCCAAGGGACUCUUUGCCAUCCCAAUGCCUCCAUUUCAAACUGUUGUCUGCUUUCUUCCUCUUCCUUUCUUCUACUAAGCUGGAUCUGUUGUCUUUUCCUUUUUAACAAGUUUGAGUGAAGUAAAACCUUUUUAUUUUCCCUCUCUCUUAAAGCUUCUGCUAGUCACACUGUUCACUGAUAAUUCAAUCAGUCACAAACUGGAAGAAUUGUACAAGAAAAAAAGCAUAUAUCAAUAUGUAUACAUACGGCUUCACAUUUAUUAAACAAUAAAUUAGCACAGAAAGUUGCACUUCACCGGUGUUUUCACAGUCUGAAACAAGCUCAUGUCUUUGUCUCUUGUCUGUACAUUCUCGGUUAAUGUUUCUUGCAUUUAUUUUUAUACCAUAUUUAAAUAAGAAACACCUUUUACUCCAAAUGUAUUAAAGUUGAUCCCUUCUCUGUAAAUUUGUGUAUGUUUAUAUUGUUGUUUUAUCUUUCAUUAAAAGAUGCAAAAUCUC